CAAGUCUUGGCGCUUUGCCUGAGUUCAUUCAGGGGCAACGCUACGGGCAACAGAGGGCUGUUGAGCUGGCCAUUCAAUGCUGAACUAAAUAAAUCUGCAUGGUUGUUACAAAACCUUCUCUGGUGCAUCCGAGUUUGUAGAAUCCCCCUCCCCCCCUUCAUGAGCACUUGCACAAUCCCUUUUUUUGUUUGAAAACCCACAGGGAAAAUGAAUCAGCGUUAGAGGUUUUCUGUUGCAGCUUCAGCAACAUCCUCUGCAGUUCUGUUGACUCUCCCUCUUCCAUCUCACCGUCUUCUCCGUCUGAUCAUGGCUCUGCCUGCUGUUGUAAUUCUGUUGGCUCUCACUUCCCUCAGUGCUGCUUUUGCACCUGACUGUAAGGACCUGGUCAAACCUUUUAUACCAGAGGACCCCAAACUGGUCUUUGGACCAUGGGUGUAUGUGAUGGGAGCUGGUGACCCUAAGCCCUACCACAAAGCACUGGAGUCUCUGAAGAGCUCCUGGAUAGAACUGUCCCCCACUUCUGACAGUCAAGUUGUGACAUUGCGUUGGGGAGAUCACUGCUUUAAUCGGUGUAUCUCUGGGGAAGUAAAUGCAACAGUCUCAGGCAUUGCCACCACAUUUCGUAAAAAUCUUUCAGACCACAAAGGACAUAUUCUACAGACUUGCUCUGACUGCCUGCUGUGGACUGACACCUUUCGAAAUGGGGACACCACCGGUAGAUACAUCCUGCAGUUCACGAGAACUGGAAAAAUAGAUCCCAAAGAUGUUGAAAUUUUCCGGAAACAAGUUGGGUGUCUGAGCUUCCCAGAGAACUUUCAUAGCUACGAUGGUAAAACAGAGCUCUGCCCCGAUGACAAAGACAGUACAGAGUGAGCAGCAAUAAAAAAGAUGGAGAGAUACAGCAACAUAAGAAUUAAGCAAAAUAUAUAUAAUGUAGUGGUUUUGUUUUGAUAGAAUUUUAUAUGUUAUGAAUGCCAGUGCAGUUCAACUGAUUAAUUAUUUUACAUAUAUACAUGAAAGAAAAUUGUGGUGUCAAACCGCUGUUUUUGUCCU